GGAAAAGCUCCUUCCACACGAUCUCGAUGCAUGGGCCUGGUCAGCCUGUUCAACGGCCCAUUCAGGCCUUGCUCAUUCCUCUGUUCUGACUGGUGGAGUUAUAUGCUCCACCGGUAGAUAUCAUGUCGCAUAACAUUGUGUACGAAAACAGGUUUGAGCUUGACAAUUGUGGCAUAAGUCAAAGAGAAGUGGGGUAAAGCCUUUCCGAGUUGUGUCGGUUCGAAAUGACGGAUUGGUCGCGGUGAUUAAAGCAAUCCGUGCGUGUCAGCCCAAUCCGAUCUCCAUUCAGCCUGGGAUUCUCCUCACCCAACAUGAAUCAACCUCUCACUUGACGAGCCUGCUAUCUUUCUCUCGAUUGCUUGGGCCUCACAAGUGACUUCCACCAAUCAAGAUACGAGCGUAUAUUGACAUGGGUCGCUUGAUCGUAGAACACGUCCGUAAUCCGUAGUUCGUUGAGGUGAGAGUGUAACACCCACAACAUCAUGGAGAUCCCGAGAUGUUGAGCAUUCAGCCCUUCACCAUGGCCCGGAGGAUUCUUACACAUGGCGAGAUCAUGCUAAAUCGGGCGGCAGCGACGCCAAAAAGUUAUCAUGUCGUUCCGAGCUGGUGGGGUCGGUUCGCCCGAUAUUCUACAUCAACGGUGCCCGUGCCCUUGGGACACGAUGCGAAAUUGUCCCAAAGCCAGGCAGCCGUGAAAUCCGAGGGAAACAUUCUUACAGACACCUUGAAUCGACAUCAUUCCUACCUACGGAUUUCUUUAACGGAGCGAUGCAAUUUGCGGUGCCAGUAUUGUAUGCCCGAAGAGGGAGUGCAGCUCACCCCUCAAAACCGAUUGCUCUCUUCGGCCGAGAUCGUGACCUUGGCCGGGAUUUUUGCCGAAGAAGGCGUGUCUAAGAUCCGACUCACAGGAGGCGAGCCCUUGGUGCGGUCCGACUUGGCUGACAUCAUCCGCAGUCUUAAAGCCGUGCCUGGCGUGAAAACUGUGGGGAUUACGACCAACGCUCUUACGUUGAGUCGAAAACUGGACUCUUUAAUGGCGGCUGGCUUAGAUGCCCUCAACAUUAGUCUGGAUACCCUGAUCAAGCCCAAGUUCGAGCACAUUACCCGUAGAAGAGGCCAUGAUCGAGUCCUGCAAGCCAUCCAAGAUGCCUCGAGUAGCGGACACUUUGACCGGGUCAAAGUGAACUGCGUUGUGAUGCGCGGAAUGAAUGAGGAGGAAGUGCCCAACUUUGUCGAACUGACUCGAGAAUGGCCGAUUGAUAUUCGGUUUAUUGAGUAUAUGCCUUUUGAUGGGAAUAAGUGGCUCUUGAAGAAGUUUGUUCCCUAUCAGGAGAUGUUAAAUAGUCUCAGGAAAUCCUAUCCCGAAUUGGUGCGCAUAUCAGAUCAGCCUAAUGACACUUCCAAAGCUUGGCAGGUGCCCGGCUUUCUGGGACAAAUUGGUUUUAUCACGUCCAUGAGUAAGAACUUUUGCGGAUCUUGCAAUCGGUUGAGAUUGACAGCCGAUGGCAAUCUCAAGGUAUGCCUUUUUGGAAACACCGAAUUGAACCUCCGAGAUGCUCUCCGAGAUUCGGCACUGAACAAAGAUGAUAUCAAAGAACUCAUCGGUGAAGCGGUCAUGAAGAAAAAGCCGCGCCAUGCAGGUAUGCUCAAAAUCAAAGAGUCUGCUAACCGGCCAAUGAUACUUAUCGGAGGUUGAACUCCGAACAAGGAAUGUCUAAUGGUACAGUUGGUCAGGGUGUUGGUAUCAUGUUUGGGUGUGCUAAUAAAUGAAAUAUUUUUCUUGUUGAGCCACGGAAAAUCCGUUGGCAGAAUUUGA